GCGCUGAAGAGUAGUUGUCAGGGGAGAAACAAGUGACUUACAAGUUUUAGAUAUUUUAUAUAAACUAUUUUAGUUUAUGGCAGAAAACAGAGUGUGUGAGUCCUGAUUUUUAUGGGAAUUUCUCAAAAGAAAACAAACCGCUGACUGGAAUGUGAGACAAUAUCCUACAUAACUGUGUUCACAUAUCCUAACGGUGCUUGCAUAUCCUACACACAGUGACGGAGUUGCCGCAGCAAACGUUUGAAGGAAUGGCCUUCAUAUCAUAUAUCCGAACAAUUCGUGCAAGAGGUCGACCGGUAGUCCCUAUUGCACUUGUCCUCUGCAUCUAUACUUUCGCCAAAUACAAUUUUUCUCUCGACGACAAUGGUCGCUCAGCGAGUCUUAAUCCCGAAGCUCUGACCUCGAACACAGAAGCUUUUUCCAGUGUUGGUCAGAAUGGGGAGACGCAGACAGCCAGAAAAGAAGAAUUGGUCUUUUUCCUCAUCCAAUGUGAAGGAACGCCAACAUCCAACCAGGGGGGUAAGAAGGCAUCUGAUAUCGGUCGUCAGAUUCGUCAGGCCGCUGUUAUGCUGAAGUCAGCGGCCGCUUUGACCUCAACCUUUCUCAGGUUCCUGGUGAUUGCAGAUUCAAAGUCUUUAUACCAGCGGCUGGUGAAUACGACAUCGAACUGGCCCAUCGAAUACCAACAGCGCCUCUCCUUCGAGUACUACGACGUGUGGUACCCUCCGGGACGGGAGGAUAUGCGCAACAUGUUCCGGGUGUGCGCCACGGAGAGGCUCUUCCUACCGGACAUGUUCCCCAACCUGGACGCGGCCAUUUACAUCGACACCGACCUCGUGUUCCUUCGUCCCCCGGAGGACCUGUGGGCCGAAUUCCGAAAGUUCAACGAUAGGCAAGUGGCUGCGAUGGCACCUUGUCUCUAUCACUAUGGCUCGACCAGGAACAAGAUCCCCUUUUACGGAUCGUCGGGCCUCAACGCAGGCAUCAUGCACAUGAACCUAACGCGCAUGAAGAGCUUCCCGGGAGGUGGUUGGACGCCGGCUGUCAUGAAGGUCUUUGACAAUUUCAGACAAAGGAUCAAACUGGCUGAUCAAGACAUGCUGAACAUCCUCUUUCAUAAGCAUCCACAGAAGCUUUAUGAACUGGGAUGUGAGUGGAACUACCGCGUAUGGCAGUGUUCUCAGGGGGGUAACAUGUGCCCUCAAGCAAGCACCAACGGCGUGUCCAUCCUGCAUGGCAACGCCCUUGCUUUCGUCAGCGGUGCAGAAAGGAAAUUGCAGGCGGUGUUCGAUGCAUGGGAGCGACACCAACUAGGAGAUCCACUGCGUGGUCUCUUCACCUCACUCCAGGAAGACCUCGCAGAAGUUAGUAAGAAGGGCCUGCAGUCCAAAUGUGCGAGGAUUUCUAACAUUGAUGCUAUCCUAACUAAGGAGUUUGAGAAACAUGUAAAGUGAAUUUCGGAAGGUAGGCAACAAAAACGAAAAAGCCUUCAAAGUAUUACAUGUUUCGAACUUUAAAGCUUGGAAUUGCAUAAGUUGUUGUUUUUAAAUCCCAUGCUGUGUUGACUAUAUUUUGAUGUUCGUCACGUCAAUCUAUUCGGUAGAUUUGGUUCAAAAUAUUAUAUAAUAUUUAUUUUUUAUUAUGCAUAUAAAGUAAUAUUAUCCACAAAAGAAUAUAGCGUAAAAAACUAAGCGUGCUACAUACUGUUUUCAGAAAACCUUUGAAGUUGAUACUAUCAGACAAACAGUACAAUGUACGUAUUGUAAUUACAUCGAUUUAACAUGAUGCCAAAGACUUGCAUGAAAUAUAUACCCCAUCUCGAUAAACAUGUAUAAUCCAAACCACAAGUCAACAUUUCUUCCUUCUAAAUUUCAUCAGUUAUUCAUUUACUUCCGUACAAACUCAGGAAGACGGUUUUUUCCCUUGUGUGUGUCGGAAGUUUACCCUCGCGAGUUGGUUUUUCGCCAUUUUACCCCAUGUUUUCACUUGCUGUUGCCUGUCUUCGCUAGAUUUAAACUAUAGCUAUUGAGCCUGCUAACCGUCUCAUUAGAUACUAUGUGAAUGUCUUCUCAGGCUUCAUAGAAUCGAGCAUCUGGCCUAGUAAAUUGUGUAAGUUUAGGCGCUGUAAAAAAAAUCCCUUGCUGCUACCAUUUUUAUUAUUGUUAAUGUUAUGUUAAUGUUGUUGUUAUUGUUAUUUUCAUUGUUUUUAUA